GACUUUUUUUUUGCAAAGAAUUAUCAAAAAUAGAGAUUACAAAAGAUUACGUGGAAAAACGACCGUUCGUAUAGUCGAUAGUGCAGUAAGUUACGGUGAUUGACCGUGUUUAAUAAAAAAGACGACGAAGGAAAAAAAAAUAAUGAUCCUGUCAAUAUUUAAAGCACACGCAGAGUAGAAACUACAAUAUGAUUAAUCGAGAGAUGUACGAUCAUAAGAAAUAAAAAGAGUUCACUAACAUAAGAUCAAGAAUACAGUAAUAUAGGAUACAAAAAUAAGUGCUCGAAGCUAAUUAAAACGCGGAAAAAUUUAUUGAUAAUAACAAGAAGAAAAGGAAUAAAAGGACAAAACGAACAGUAGUGAGGUUCGAUAGUAUCCAAUAGUAAUAAAGGUGGGGUGAUGUGGUAGAUCCUAACUAUAUUCGCGUGUAGUGUUGGUACUCUGGUGUGGUCGUAAAGGUGGUGUUAAUGGUAAUGGUAGUGAUAGAGCUGUUACUGUUGAUGGUAGUAGUGGUGGCAGUGGUGGUGGCAGUGGAGGCGGCAGUGGCAGCGGGGGCAGCCAUACUCAAACAACCGCCGAGCGAAGUGCGAAGAGCGCGGAGCGGCAUAGAAAUGAAACGAUAAUACGGCACGUUUAAACGUUCAGGGCCUGGGACGAGGCGUAAGACGCGAGUUUGACCGAUUGGCCGUAAAAGAAUCAGGGCGGAAGUGCGGCAAAGUUCGGAGAGGAAAAAGAAAGAGUGUAUCGAGGAAAAGAAGGGGGCUCCGCCGUCGAAUAUCGGUGGUGACUUUGAGCAGACGGUAUGAGCGCAAAGACAGACGUUAACAGAAGAGUCCUAGCGAUUCAGGCGAAAAAAAAGAGACACAAGCCGAGUAAAAGAAAAGGAAAGGGUAAUUCUCAGGGUGAUACGGACUCUUCAACCACCGGACAGUGCUCGAAACCACAGCCAAGCGUCGCUCGACAAGGACAAGGAUCCGAUUUCUUUCAAGACGCCUCUUCGGGCCAGAGACCGUAUUCUAACGAUAAUGGAAAUAGAAUGGAACCGUGUCACAGCUCCAGCAAUGAAACAAUAGAGGAUGACGAUGAAGUGUACAGUAGCGAAGAUGAAGAGCAAGAAGAUAGCGGUGAUUAUUGUAAAGGAGGUUAUCAUCCUGUAAAGAUAGGGGAUUUGUUUUUAAGUCGUUAUCAUGUGACUCGAAAACUUGGCUGGGGUCAUUUCUCUACAGUCUGGCUUUGCUGGGAUCUACAGGAUAAGCGAUUUGUGGCACUUAAAGUGGUAAAAUCCGCAACUCAUUUUACUGAGACUGCUUUAGAUGAAAUAAAGUUAUUAAAAGAUGUACGUGAUACGGAUCCUAUUGAUCCUAAGCGAAAUAAGACCGUCCAAUUGCUCAAUGACUUCAAAAUCAGUGGCAUUAAUGGUCUUCAUGUUUGCAUGGUAUUCGAAGUGCUUGGACAUAAUCUUCUUAAAUUAAUCAUUAAAUCUAGCUAUAGAGGAAUUCCAAGAAACAAUGUUAAGCGCAUCAUCCGUCAAGUCCUUGAAGGUUUAGAUUAUCUUCAUAAUAAAUGUAAAAUUAUUCAUACAGACAUUAAACCUGAAAAUGUUCUUAUAUGCGUUGAUGAAACUUAUAUAAGAAAAUUAGCUUGUGAAGCAACCGAAUUACAUUCUAUGGGUAUAAAAUUACCAGUUUCAUUAAUUUCUACUGCGCCCAAAGAAUUUCAAGAACCUACGCCAAAUUCCAAAAUGUCUAAAAAUAAAAAGAAGAAAUUAAAGAAAAAGGCUAAACGUCAAAACGAAUUGUUGAAGAAACAAAUGGAACAAAUAGAGGAAAUAGAAGAGCAGAAUAAACUUGCAAAUAGUACAAGAGAAAAUGGUGAAUUGGAGACAAAUAGUCCAGAUCAAGAUGUGAAUACAGAAAGUAUAGAAGAUAAUACAGAAAGUAAAGGUUCCCCCGAAAUCUCAGAACCAUCUGCGCCAUCGUUACACGUUAAUGGAGUGGAUGGUUUAGCAGGUGGAGAAAAAAUACAAAAUCAGUCAACCAAUCGGUCGGACAAAGUGGAGAAUAUGACUUUGUGUGACGUUGACAAAAGUUGUGGUGAGAGUACUACUCUACCUCGAGAUCCAGAAGAUACAGACGAAUGUAGUGAAGGACGUAAUUUGAAUCCACCCGAGAGUAAACAAUUAAAACGGGCAUCUGUAGCACCACUUGAUCCAGCUACGGUAGAUUGUGAAGUUGAAGUAAAGAUAGCUGAUCUUGGAAAUGCAUGCUGGGUUCAUAAAAAAUUUACGGAUGAUAUACAAACACGUCAAUAUAGAUCUUUAGAGGUAUUGUUAGGAUCAGGCUACGAUACUUCAGCAGAUAUAUGGUCCACAGCAUGUAUGGCAUUUGAACUGGCUACUGGUGAUUAUUUGUUUGAGCCACAUAGUGGUAAAGAAUAUUGUAGAGACGAAGACCAUUUAGCUCAUAUUAUAGAGCUACUCGGAGAAAUACCUAGACGUAUAGCAUUUUCCGGAAAAAAUUCAAAAAAGUACUUUAACAAAAAAGGUGAAUUGAAGCACAUUACCGGUUUAAAGCCAUGGGGACUUUAUGAGGUGCUUACAGAAAAAUAUGAUUGGUCACCCAGUGAAGCACGUGAAUUUGCUGAAUUUUUAACUCCGAUGUUAGAAUUUGAUCCAAGUAUGCGUGCUACUGCUGCUGAGUGCCUGAAGCACCCUUGGUUGCAAAUCAAGUGAUCCUGUUUUUACUUUAUUUUAUUUUAUUUUAUCUUUUUUCUUUUUUUUUUAAUUCUUUUAUUUUAAAAUUUCUGAGAUCCUUACUCUUUACAACCCUGAUGCAAUUAAAAGUCGAGAGUGUGACAGGAAGCAGAGAUCAGAAAAAAUAAAUUUUUAUAUUUAAUUACAGUUUCAAUUUUUAUGUAAAACGACCACUACUAGACGCUCAUACCUUAUAUUUACAUCAUAUUCUAUUUCACAAAAGAAUUGUAAAAUGGAGUCUAUAUAUGACACAAACAUAGCACAUCAUAAUGUAAAAAUAUAGGCUACGAUAAUAAACUCUAUUGAUAAAUGUAA